UUGAUGACUUGUUCAACUUAUUAUUUAACACAUUUUGUGUAAAUGUUAAAGAGUACCAUGUUAUUACAUGUUUUAUGUCUGCUGACAAUUUAACAGCUCAUCCACUUCUUGGUUUACAAUCACAUUUUCAUAGUGGAUACAUAUGUAGACACUGUUAUUUCUUUGUUAGACAGGAAAAUACAAAUGUAUUUCAAAGAACUCAUGAAUCUUACAUUGUUGAUAGUACAAAACAACAACAUGGUUGUCUGAAUUUAUCUCCGUUUUUACACUUACCAUAUGUGUUUUUGCCUGCAUUUUUCCCAAGUGAUUUCAUGCAUGAUUUUUUGGAAGGAAUAAGCCAUGUUGUAAUUUCAACAUUUUUGAAUCAUUAUAUGAUCAAGCGAAAAUUAACAUUACUUGGUAUGAAUUUAUUUCUAAGAGAUGUAAAAUUGCCAGUGAAUUUAAUAUUGACAUCAACUUAUAUGACAUCAAAGCUGGCACUUACGGCUAGUGAGAUGCUAACCCUUUCAUUGUGUUUGCCAUUGUUUCUUUUUGAUAGCUUCAAUGAUGAAGAUGCACCUUAUUGGGAUAUGAUCGUUAUCCAUUGUGAAAUUUUAUUGAUUUUAAAUAGCCGUUGUAAUGAACAUAUUGAAUCAUUACAUUUUCUUGUUCCACAACUUGUUAACUAUAUUAAAACAUUAUAUAAUGGCACAAGAGUAGCAGCAAAGCUCCAUUUUAUCACACAUUAUCCUGACCUUUCAAGCUACAUGGGAACAAUGAAAACUUUUUGGUGCAUGCUUUUGAACAACGACAUCAGAUUUUUAAAAAGCUUGCAAGAGUUAGUCAGCAAUUUAAGAACCCUAUAUAUUCAUUUUCAAAAAGAUUUCAAAUGCAUGAAACUUGUAAACGGCUCUUUGAAAGGAGUAAUGACAUUGUUCCAGGAUCAAUCUCAUAUGCAAAAAUAUCUCUUCAUCAUGCUCAAGAAGCACUUCUUGAACGGUUUAAACCAAAUUUGAACACUAUUUUUCAUACAAAAAAAUUAACAGUCGAGGGAAAACAGUUGAUAGUAUCUUCUUAUUUGAUUCUAAGCGAAGAAAAAGCUGUUAAAAUAAAUCAUUUGAUGUCUAUUAACAGUGUUUGGUAUGCGAUGUGUCAAGAAACAGCAAUAUCAUUUUUUCCUUUGGUUAACUCGUAUGUUGUAGAGCAUCAUAAAAACUCAUUUUCUUUACUUGACAUUUUGUCUCUUAAAUUAAGUUCAUCUAAAUCUGUGAUAAUAAAAGAUAAAGAGUAUAUUGUCACACUAUUUAUUAUAUGAAUAUUUCAUAUGAGUUGUUAUUUCUGCCUUUUAAUUAUAAUUUAUUUUAUUCAAAAAUAAAUAAAACUAGUUCAGCACAACACUACUAGUGACAAAGUUAAAAACUGAGACAUCAACUUUGACAUAAAUUACAGACAUAUGUAUAAGACAUAACACUAGUUAUGUCUUAUACAGCAAAAAGUAAUAUAUAUAUAUAUAUUUUUUAAUAAUAUAUAUUUUCAUUUAAGGUAUUUAUAUAUAUAUAAAUAAACUGAUAAUUUUUUAUCCCAAUGAAGUAUUUUCAUAAUGCAGUUUGAUACAGGUAAGUAGGGCUAAAAAGCAGAAUAUAUAAUGUUCCAUUUUUUUCUUUGGACCCUUUAAAAAACCUGAUGUCCUGCCAAACCUCCUUAUUUACCUUACACCUUCUCAUAAAGCCUGCAGGUUAUAUCUUGUGAUAAAUAAUGAUAAAUAAUGUUAGUGAUAAUAUAUCUGAUUUACUUUAAACUCUUUUUGUGUUAUAUGUUAACAUCUACCUAUUUUUGCAGAUGCAAUCAAUAAAUGUACAAAAAGGUGACACAAUAAAAGUUAUUCUGUACACUUCAUAUUCUGAUUUGCUAGCAAAAUGUGUCAGUAAGUUCCCAUGUUCCUCCAGCAAUUCGCUACAGUUGUAUGAUGCUUCUGGUGCAGAAAUCGAUGAUGGAGAAACCCUAGAUUUUUUAGUUUAAAAUAAUAAUUUGAAACAAGUGUUUUUGGAACGUCAAGUGCCAAGUUUUACAAUAAACGCAUCACCAGAAGAAAUUGUAGGAAAUAAAACUAUUUCUGCAAAACAAUGGCCAGGAUUGAAAUUUGAAAUCCCAACAGAUGCAAUUGUGGAAGCAAGGCUUACAUCUGGGAUAAUUGAUGCCAAAUCAAUAGUAGCAGACGGUCAAUUUAUGAACCACUGGGUUGGGAUAAUUUUUUAUAAAGUAUUGGAAUAUGUUGAUCAACAAAAUCCAUAUUUAAAUGGAAUUCAAUUAAAUGAGCUGGUGAUGGUUAUUAACGAGAAAUACCCAGAGUUUAAAGCUGCUCAAUAUUCAAGAUGCUUUCACGAAAGAAUUAUCAACAGGUU